AGUAUAAACUACAAACUAUUUUUUAAUCAACCCAUUCCCUCUAUAAAUACCGCACCAUUAACCAAACUCAGACCAAGAUUUGGCUUCUGUUUGCUAACUAGCUACCUACCACAAGCCAUCGUUUGUUUUUCAAGGUGAGAAACAGAUCGAGGAGAAAUGGCACGCAAGAAGAUCAGAGAGUAUGAUUCCAAGAGAUUGUUGAAGGAGCACUUUAAGAGGCUCUCUGGUCGCGAAUUGCCUAUUAAGUCUGCACAAGUAACGGAGUCAACUGAUUUCGCUGAGUUAGUAGAGAGAGAACCCUGGCUAUCAGCAUGUAAACUAGUUGUGAAACCCGACAUGUUGUUUGGCAAACGUGGGAAGAGUGGUUUGGUUGCCUUAAAUCUGGAUAUUUCUCAAGUUGCAACCUUUGUGAAAGAGCGCUUGGGCAAACAGGUGGAGAUGGGAGGAUGUAAAGGACCCAUAACAACAUUCAUCAUUGAACCCUUCAUCCCUCACAAUGAAGAGUUUUACCUUAAUAUUGUCUCAGAGCGACUUGGGUGCAGCAUAAGCUUUUCAGAAUGUGGAGGAAUUGAAAUUGAAGAGAACUGGGAUAAGGUUAAGACAAUAUAUGUCCCAACGGGGAUUCCUCUUGCCUCAGAAUCAUGUGCUCCACUUGUGGCAACCCUUCCAUUGGAGAUCAGAGGAGAAAUUGAGGAGUUCAUUAAAGUGGUUUUCACUCUAUUUCAAGAUGUUGACUUCACCUUCCUAGAGAUGAAUCCUUUCACUUUAGUUGAUGGAAAGCCUUAUCCCUUGGAUAUGAGGGGCGAGCUGGAUGACACUGCUGCUUUUAAGAACUUCAAAAAGUAUAUUCCGUAUUCUCUUUUUCAGU